AUGAUAGUGAGACAAAGUAUAUCACCAAAAAGAAAAAGUAUGACCCCUUCAAUGUAUGAAGGAAGAUAAUAUUAAUAUACGCUAAGAUGUAGUAAUGUUAAAACUGAAAGUCUGGAUAAUAGACAUGUUUGUUCAAGGAAUGAUGAUUCCAAGAGAAAAUAACUAAACAUUUCAAAUCCUCGGAAAAGUAUUUCAAUAUAAAACCCUCAAGUCACUUUAAAUAGUUCUUCUAAUUCCAAAAACCUAAAAACCCUAUAAUCAUCUACUAGAAAAUUAUCUCUAUAAACUAAGACAAUGAUAAGCAGCACUACAAGCGACAAUUGCUAGAUUACAAAGUUCUUUCUUCAUCCAUUAACCAGUGCUCUAUAAACUUGUGAAAGACUGAUAAAAGCCUAAAGAUUAGAGGAAGCAAUGAAAGAGCUUGAAGAAAUCGACCAUCCUCAUCUCAAUCAAGAUUACCAAUCAUAAAUAGCAUUUCUCAAGGGCACAAUAUACAUGCAAAAUCACCAAUAUGAAAAGGCAAUUAAUAGUUUUUAAAAAUGCAGACAAUAAGGAGACUUCUAUGCAAAUGCUUUGGUUCUAUAAGCCAUGUCCUUAGGAAAGUUAGGCAACUUUAUAGAAGCAAUAUCGCUUUUGAAAGACUUUCUAUUGAAAAACAAUGCAAAGCAAUCUCCAGUCUAUUAUGAUGCAGUAUUGUAAAAAGGAAAGCUGUUAUUGAAAUUAAAAAAAUACAAAUUGGCUAUGCAGGAUUUUAUGAUUGCCUCAGCCUUAGAAAAAGAUAUACAAACGUUUUAAGGGACUAUGGGGAAAGGGGAUUGCUUAAGACUUUGUGGGAAGGCUUUUGAAGCACUUAUAAUUUAUGAAGGAAUCCCAGAUAGUCAUCAAGUGCUGAUUAGAAAGGUGAUAUGUUAUUAAGAAUUAGAAUAAUUUGAUAAGGCUUUAGAAAUAAUCAAUAGGAUUUUAAUUUAUGAUUCUAGUAACUCGUAGGCACUCUAUUUAAAGGGCUAAAUAUUUAUGAAGAAAGGGGAAUUUAAUGAAGCUAUUUUAAGUUUUGAAUAAUCAAUAACUGAGAACAAUAGUAAAAAAGCUGUCACUAAAUCUCUAAUAGAAAUAGCUAAAAUUAAAAUUGAUUAAAAAGAUUUCUAUUCUGCUUAUUAUACUUUAUAGAGAGUAGAUCAUUUAGAUGUGGAAAAGGCAUCGAUUAUUGAUCUUAAACAGUUUACAGAGGGAGUAAUAUUUCUAAUGAAACGUAAGUACAAGGAUGCCAUUAUAAUCUUCACUGAAUUGAUCAAUAAAUAAUAAUUGGGUGAGUUCAUCAAGAAACAUAUUUUUGUCUAUAGAGCUUAUGGGUUCAUUUAAGUAAACAAAUAUCAAAACGCUCUGAAAGAUUUUAACUAUAUAUCAAAUUUUUAUCCUUUAGAUCCACCAUAAUUUUACAACAAGGUGAUUUGUGAGGGAAUCGCUUUGACCUAAUAAAAUUAUUUUGAUAAAGCCUAAUCUUUGUUUUAGAAGGCUUCUUAGUUAAUUCCAGGUAAAAUGGAACCACAUUUUUAUAAAGCUUUAACUUUAAUUCAAUUUGUAAGCAAGCUUUAGAUGAAUGGAAAAGAUAAGUUAAUAAAAAAUGCAUUAAAAUAUCUUGAUAAAGCUGUAACAUUAAAUGAUAACAGUUCAAACUUAUUAUAUCAUAGAGGAAUAAUAAGAUUCUAUUUUGGUUAAUUGGAAUUAGCUCUUUAAGAUUUAACAAUUGCCAUUGAAAAGAAUGAGUAACGAAAUCCAAAAAUAUUAUAUGCAAGAGGUCUGGUUCAAGCAUGUUUAGAUAAUCCAUAACAAGCAUUAAUCGAUUUUACAGUGGCGAUAAAUUGGGACCCAAAAUACGCUGAAGUGUAUUUGAAUAGAGCAAAAGUAAAUACAUAACUAGGAAAUAGAACUGAGGCUUAUGAAGAUUUGCAAACUUACAUUUCAACAAAUCCAACGGAUCCAUAAAUUUACUUAUGGGCAGGUAAUUUACUAUUUCAUCUUGGUGCUCAUGGUACUGCCAUAAAAACAUAUUCUCAUUCUCCUGACCUAUAAAAUGAUGUUUAGUUAUUGAGUUAUCGAGCUAUGUGUUUCAUUAUUGAGAAAGAUCUUAAUAAUGCUCUAAUAGAUUUAAGCAGAGUUUACGAUCUUACGAGUGAUUAAAGAUGGUUCAUUGACAAGGAAUGUUUGAGUGCAUUAAAAAUUGCAAUAGAAUAAAAUACAAGGGAAUUAAUAUUAAUUUCUAAUCCAAUGAAUAAAUCUAUUAAGAGAUCCAUAAGUUACAGAUUGGCUUCGAGAAGAUUAAAGUAAAUCAUAAGUUCAGAAGUUGAAGGCUAUUUAUUCAUGAAAUCCGAUUUAUUGUUUUACAGAGGAGUUAUGAAAUUUUAUUAGGGUAAUUAUAUCAAAGCAAUUAAUAACUGGAAUAAUUCUUUUGAAUUAAUGAAGCAACAAUAAAGAGAAGGGGUUGCUUCAAAUGUUCAAUCAGAUUCUUCUGAGGGGUCUGAUAGAUUGACUGUCGAAAUGGAUGAUAUCAGAUUCUAAGAUCAUACUUAUAAUAUGCAUGAAUAUUAAUACAAUGUUGCUGUGGCCACUAUUUUAAAUAAUCUAAAACCUGAAGGAAAAUUAUUGCUUGAAGAAUUGGGUAGAUUAUUACCUUAGACACUUGCUUAAGGAAUAAUGCAACUUAGAGAUGCUGUUGAUGGCCAAUAAAUUUAGAGUGUUUUUGUUUUUCCAGAGACUAGUAGAUUAUGUGAGGUCUUCCCUAAAUUUAAAGUGGGAAAUGCAGAAACUAGACUGUCUUUUUGUUUACCUAAGUUACCUUCUCCUUGUAUGAAACCCGGAUUUGAUCAGUAGUUACUAUAAUCCAUCUAAUCUAUUGAUGUGGAAAAUAAGCCAGAAGCACCAUGGAUUAAAAGGAGUCUUGAUGGAGUUAUUUUCACAGAAAAUGUUCAAUAUAUUGAAUUAGAUCUUUAAAGUGAAACCUAAAGAUCCGAACUGGAUUAAACAGAGGAACAAGUUGCUGACUAAAUGGAUGGCAACUUAUAUACACUAGAAAAAUCUACUUGUAUAAGUAAUUGA